CCCGUUUUCUAUGCCGCAGAGCCUGACUAGAGAGGCUGGUCCAGCGGCAGAAGUGUCUCGCGCUGUGCUGAGAGGGAGGGCUCGGUGUGGAAGAGGUGAGGGUGUCUCAGACCGCUUCGGCCGUGAAUCUGGCUGAGUCCAGCCUCUCCGCAUCCUGAUCCUUUCGCCUGCUGUCGGAGGCGUCCGUAGACCCCCCCCAGGCCUGACUCUUCUUCCAGUCGGAGCAACCGCUGGGCCGGGAGCCGGGGUACGCUCGGGGUUGGGGCUGUGAGUGAGCCUCGACGUUUGAUUUUGAACGAGCAUUUCCCUGGCCAGGGAUCUGCCGGGCUGUGGCGACUGCCGGAGAUCCGUGGCUUCCUGGACGUUCGCCCGCAGAGUCUUCCUCGUUUAACCCACAUUCUCUGGUCUCCGUUCAUAGCCUCGCCGGUGUAGGCCUGGCUCGGAAGAUGAUGACAGAAUCUGCAUCUGACUUCUCAGCAGCUCCUUUCGGGAGUGUCCUCAAGCAGGGAGCGUGUUGGUUGUAGAUUUCUUUUGCGGAUGCCUCUGUUUUCCUUACUUUGUCAUGUUCCUGUUAUCCCCUCGGACCUGCUACCCUGUCUUGUGGGCUUUGAGUUAAACUGCUGACGAUAAGGACAAGCCUCUGAAGUAUUUUAAAUCAUGUUGAAGCACCUUUCUCGGUUACUCUUAAAAUUGUACCUGGUUGCUUUAUACCUUCUAGAGCCAUUAAAUCAUUAUCUCUUCGCUUGCCCAGUAAAUCCGGGUUCUGAUUUGGGACUAGAAGUACAAAUUGGUGUCAAGUAUCCACUGCUGUUGAAUGGUUUUAAAAGAUUCCAGAAAUCCUGGAUUAUUGGGUGUGUUAGACCCAUGGUGUGCCCAGCUGUAGAUAUUAACAGAUAUUUAUCUACUGUAGUGAAAUAAUGACCUGCCCUAGGUGUCCCUAGAGGGAAAAAUAGUUAGAACGACCGUGCAAGUCAGAGUGAAAUGAUCCAGGUGUCAGAAAACCUGGAUAAUAGGAGCAAGUAGCAAGAUGAAUCGGACAAAGGGUGAUGAGGAGGAAUAUUGGAACAGCUCCAAGUUCAAGGCUUUUACCUUUGAUGAUGAAGAUGAUGAGCUGUCACAGUUAAAGGAGUCCAAGCGAGCGGUCAACAGCCUUCGAGACUUUGUGGACGAUGACGAUGACGACGACCUGGAGAGAGUCAGCUGGGGCGGGGAACCUGUGGGAAGUAUCUCAUGGUCCAUCAAAGAGACCGCUGGUACCAGUGUGUCAAACCAUGAAGGCCGCGAACAGCUAAAGAGCCGAAACAGCUUCUCCUCCUAUGCACCACUACCCAAACCUACUUCUACCUACUCCCUGAGCAGCUUUUUCAGAGGGAGAACUAGACCUGGAAGCUUCCAGUCUCUUUCUGAUGCUUUGUCGGACACACCUGCCAAAAGCUAUGCUCCAGAGCUGGGGAGACCCAAGGGGGAGUAUAGGGAUUACAGCAAUGACUGGAGCCCCAGUGACACAGUGCGACGCCUCCGGAAGGGCAAGGUCUGCUCGCUAGAAAGAUUCCGCUCCUUACAGGACAAGCUACAACUCCUAGAAGAGGCAGUAAGCAUGCACGAUGGAAACGUCAUUACUGCAGUUCUGAUCUUCUUGAAGAGGACGCUGAGCAAAGAGAUCCUCUUCCGAGAGCUGGAGGUGCGACAGGUUGCCCUGCGACAUCUCAUUCACUUCCUUAAGGAAAUAGGGGAUCAAAAGCUGCUUUUAGACCUCUUUAGGUUCCUAGAUAGAACAGAAGAGCUUGCGCUAUCCCAUUAUCGAGAGCACUUGAACAUUCAGGACCCUGAGAAACGAAAAGAAUUUCUUAAGACCUGCAUUGGUUUGCCAUUUUCAGCAGAAGAUUCUGCACACAUCCAAGACCAUUACACGCUCCUGGAACGUCAGAUCAUUAUCGAGGCAAAUGACCGACAUCUAGAAGCAGCGGGACAGACUGAGAUCUUCCGGAAGCACCCCCGGAAAGCUUCCAUCCUCAACAUGCCAUUAGUGACAACGCUUUUCUACUCCUGCUUCUACCAUUACACGGAGGCUGAGGGGACAUUCAGCAGUCCGGUCAACCUGAAGAAGACAUUUAAGAUCCCAGACAAACAGUAUGUGCUGACAGCCCUGGCUGCUCGCGCCAAGCUUCGAGCCUGGCAUGAUGUGGAUGCCCUCUUCACCACAAAGAACUGGCUGGGCUACACCAAGAAGAGAGCACCCAUUGGCUUCCAUCGAGUUGUGGAAAUUUUGCAUAAGAACAGUGCCCCUGUCCAGAUAUUACAGGAGUAUGUCAAUCUGGUGGAAGAUGUGGACACAAAGUUGAACUUAGCCACCAAGUUCAAGUGCCAUGAUGUCGUCAUUGAUACUUGCCGGGACCUGAAGGACCGUCAGCAGUUGUUAGCAUAUAGGAGUAAGGUGGAUAAAGGAUCUGCAGAGGAGGAGAAGAUUGAUGCCAUUCUCCACAGCUCGCAAAUUCGAUGGAAGAAUUAAGUGGCAUUAGCUACCCUGAAAGCUGCCUCAUUUCUUCCUUUCCUACCUGUGAAAGUAGAGAGUGCUCUUCUGUGGGAGAGUUCCAGCAUCACAUCGUUUGGGCCCGAGGUCAGCAGGAAGUACCUGCUUCCUCUUGGGACAGAAGCCAGCGCCUGGGCACAGACAGCUUCAGACUGACCUUCUGUCCAAGGCCAUCAUCUAAGGGCCAAGACCUAAAGCUUUGACUUAUGAGAAGGAUUCUCUCCACCUGGUGCUCACGUGAAGGUGGGAGUGAUUUCUAGAUUGAGCCCAUAUUGGGCAAGAUCUCUCUUGGUCUGAGAAACGUGACUGCUCCAGAAAAUAAGUCUCCUAGACCCAGAGGUACAGGUGUCAUAGGGUGGCUUCUCCAUUCCCUCAGCUAAUUGUGACCCUGGACUUGGUGCUGAACAUUGGCAGUUUGCUCUGAAUGAAGUCAGCACAGAACUGAAAUGGCUCUCUCCCAGGGGCCUCAAGAAGGGCUGCCGGUGUUGCCAGGACCUGCUGGAGGCGCCCUCACCCCAGACUGCACAGAGCCCUCCCUGUUAUGACAGAGAUUGCCCAGACGUUGUGUUUCUUCAGCCAGCGUCCAUCUGCCGCCCCAGUCUACCCUCUGUCCAAAAGCUUGAUUUCCUCUCUGACCUGCACACUGAGAUGGCCUUGUGUGAAUGAUGAGAACAUCCCCCUUACCUUUUCCUCUACUUCUCCCACCCCAGACCCAUAACCUUAUAUGGAGCUUGGAUUCAGCAGUGCUGGACAGCUCUCCCUUUAUGCAUAAAUGUCCUUAUUUUACUAGGAGCUUCCAGAAGUUUCACCAGGGCUAAACUCAGCAGCAUUUUUGACUGUUAGGAUAUUAAGAUGGAGGUUUUAGUUUCACACUUGGUUUUCAAGAGAAUAUUCUGUAAUGCUAGAUUCUUGCCCUCUACCAAUAUUAGCCUCUCUUCUCUGUGACUGAACUGGGUUUCCUGGACACGUCUAGUCUCCUAAUAAAGCUGUUUCUUCCUUGGU